AUGUCCAACGAAAUAAGGCAUCCUGGCCACGGCCACGGCCACGGCAACCACUUUGCCAACCUCAAAUACGGCUACAUCAUCGUCGGCAUCUCUGUCGCCUACAUGCUCUACAUAUCGGUAGCUCGGUACUUAUACCUCAGGAAAUGGACCAAGCAAGGUAAAACGCCCACUGGCGCCAUCAAAGCAGCUGCGUUUGGCUCCUUAUGGGUCCACGUGCUCGUAUGGACGUUUCUUCUCCUUCUUCUCCUGUUCAUCAACAUUGCAAACUUGAAAACCUCCUGGAUCAUCGUCAUUAAGCGCUUGGGCAGAGUCGGUUACUGCUUAGUACCAUUGGAUGCCGUGUUGGCGCUCAGGCCAGCGUUUCUUGGCCCCCACGCGCUGUAUUUGGAGCAUUUGGGCUUACACAAAUGGCUUUCGAGGGUGAUAUUGGCGGCUACUACUGCUCAUGGAAUUGGGUACUAUGUAAAGUGGCUUAUGGAAAGCAGGUUCUGGAAUAGGUCCAUGGCAUGGCGAAACUUCCUUGGCGUGGUGCCUUUCUGGAUGUCGAUUUUGCUUUUGGCGGUGUCGUUGCGUCCUGUUCGCCGGAAAAUCUAUGCUUUUUUUUAUAUCUGGCAUAAUGUAACUGUUUUUGCAUUCACGGCGUUUAUGCUCUGGCACGCCAGACCGGGAGUUACAGACGUUUUGGUGUUUUCUUUCUGUCUUUACGGUCUCCAGGUGUUUUUGCGGAUUAAAUAUACCCACCGCCUCGAGAAACUCACCAUUGUGGACCCUGAAGAGUCUCAAUUGCGUUUGGUCAAGCUCCAGAAACCGGCUACGUACCCUGUCGACUGGAUCCCAGGCUCCCACUUGCGUAUGUCAUGGAGACUCACCAGUUGGAGGUACUGGGUGUGGCCUACCCACCCUUAUUCCAUUUGCUCGUUGCCUGGUGACCAGACCGUGGAUUUGGUGAUCAAAAAGGGCUUCAGGUUCGAAAUGUUCCUGUCUUUGGAAUACUCCAUCUCCACGCCUUACUGCCUGGUGCCUCCACCCUUCUACCAGACCGCCGAAAACGUCCAUGUCAUUUGCGGCGGUUCUGGUAUUUCUUUAGGAGUUCCUAUCUAUCGUUACUUGAAACAGAACUCUUCCGUCACCUCCAAAAUGACAUGGUGUGUGCGUAACUCCAACGAUGUGUUUGUGCUUCCAGAGCUCAGCGUGCUGAGUCCAGUGGACGUUUACUUGACGAAAAGCGAAAACACUCUUUUCGUGAAUAAUAAUACCGAAGAAGACCACGGUCUUUUAAACGAAAACGGGAAAGACAUGGAGCUCGAAUCUUUAGACAACGACUCUGGCGAACAGAGUCCCCUUGCAAGCGACGACAAGGCGCCGCAAAAAGCUGUCAACUUUCAAAAAGGACGUCCUAUCUUUGACGAAAUCUUCAACCACUUUGCAGAAACCGAGGAGCCUGGUAAUAAAUGGAUUGUGGUUUGCGGCCCCACGCCCUUAAUUGAAUCUGUGAAAAAGUGGGGCAAGCUUAAUAACGUUCAGGUGUUUGAGGAAUUGUACGAUAUGUGA